ACUAUCGUGCACUGAUCCAUUUAUCCUCCACCUCACCCUCCUCUCCCACUCUCGCUCUGUCUCUCUUUCUGUCUUAUCCCAGGCAGUUUAUUUGCGCAGAGCUCGAACAAAGCAAUUCCAGGGAGGGAGAGGGAGAAAGGAUUAGGCUUUGUUUGGUUCUGUCACCAUGAAUCUUGGAGAGAGAGAGAAGAAACUUUAGAGAGAUAAAACCAGAGGGUGAGCGGCUGGGUGUGAAUGGUGAUGAGCCUUGAACUGGGUUGCUCACCGUCUUGUAGAGGAUCUGGGUUGGUUUAUUGCGUUGUAUUGGUGAAUCUUCAAACACCAGUUUCAUGGCUGGGAGUAAUGAAGUCAACCUCAAUGAGUCCAAGAUGGUGGUUCCACUGAACACAUGGGUCCUCAUCUCCAAUUUCAAGUUGGCUUACAAUCUUCUUCGUCGCCCUGAUGGCACUUUCAAUCGUGACUUGGCAGAGUUCCUGGAUCGCAAGGUGCCUGCCAAUGCGAAACCGGUUGAUGGGGUUUUCUCGUUCGAUGUUAUCAUUGACCGUGGUACAAGCCUCCUUAGUAGGAUUUACAGGCCAGCCAUUUCUGAAGAAGCUCAGCCAAGUAUUGUGGAACUCGAGAAACCCCUGAAAGCUGAUAUUGUUCCUGUCAUUAUUUUUUUCCAUGGUGGAAGCUUUGCACAUUCCUCAGCAAAUACUGCCAUAUAUGACACUCUAUGCCGCCGUCUAGUAGGCAUCUGUAAGGCUGUUGUAGUGUCUGUGAACUACCGGCGCGCACCUGAAAACCCACACCCUUGUGCUUAUGAAGAUGGCUGGGCAGCUGUUAAGUGGGUUAAUUCAAGGCCAUGGCUUCGAAGUCAGAAGGACUCGAAAGUUCAUAUAUUCUUGGCUGGAGAUAGCUCAGGUGGUAAUAUUGUUCACAACGUCGCUUUGAGAGCAGUAGAUUGUGGGAUUGAAGUACUUGGGGAUAUACUACUGAACCCAAUGUUUGGGGGCCAAGAGAGAACUGAAUCAGAGAAGCGACUGGAUGGGAAAUAUUUUGUCACUGUCCAAGACCGGGACUGGUAUUGGAGAGCUUUUCUUCCUGAAGGAGAAGAUAGGGACCAUCCAGCGUGUAAUCCAUUUGGCUCAAAAGGCAGAAGCCUUGAAGGAAUAAAAUUCCCGAAGAGUCUUGUUGUGGUGGCUGGUUUGGAUCUUAUUCAGGAUUGGCAGUUGGCUUAUGUGGAGGGGCUUAAGAAGGCUGACCAAGAUGUGAAACUUCUGUAUCUGGAGAAGGCAACAAUUGGGUUCUACUUGAUGCCAAACAAUAAUCACUUCUAUACCGUAAUGAAUGAGAUAAGUAACUUUGUGGGUUCUGACUGUUAAUAGACUUACUUAUCAACAUGCAGCUAUACAUAACAUAAUGCUGACAUUUUGUUUGGGGUUAUUUUCUUUUGAAGUUGUUGUUUGCAGUUUAUAAGAUUUAGUAUUACUUACUGUUCUAUAGUGUUGUUGAUUUUGUGUUCCCAUGGGAUGUUGGCUCAGACAUGGCCAGUCAUGCCUCUUGGGCGUAUGGAGGGGGAUCCACAUCGAGCUGGAUCAGAUAUUGGAUAUGAUGCAGUUAGUGGAUACCAAAGUGGCAAAACAUCAUAUUGUAUUGUUUGAUGAAGUUGUUACCACGACAAGAAACCAAUGUGUUAAAGUUUGUGAGAUGCACCAAAUGUAAGAUUACUCUUCUUUCUUCUGUCCACGAAAAAAGGGAAGACAGGAGUGUCGGGUAACAUUUGGUGGCUGAUCAGUUGAGGUUGGUGCCUCGCUAAUGUCACAUGUAGCUAAUGUUAGAACUUGGAUGGAAGAACAUCCAUGGUAUUGUGAACAUGUAUGUGUAUAUAUACGUUCUAGAAUUAUAAGAAAGUUGUUUG